AUGACAACUGGCCAGAGCGGGCACGAUCAUUCCCUCGCUAUCAGACAGGAGAUACAGCGUUUUGAGAGCGUUCACCCGUCGAUAUAUGCCAUUUACGAUCUAAUAGAGCUCGUGCCCGACGCGCAUAUCGCUAAGCAAAUUCGGGAACAUGUCGUGGCGAUAGAAGAUUCCUUCGUUAACAGCCAUGAAUGGACAUUGGCAAGAGAUGUGCCAGAAUUGCAUUUGGGAAUUAUUGGUUCCUCGGACUCAGGAAAAUCGGCGCUCGUUCACAGGUAUCUCACUGGAUCUUUUAUGCAUGAGGAAUCGCCAGAAGGUGGACGCUUCAAAAAGGAGGUCUUUAUCAAUGAUCAGAGUUACCUCCUCUUGAUCAGGGAUGAGGGUGGUGUACCAGAGGCUCAAUUCUCAGCUUGGAUAGAUGCUUUACUACUUGUAUUCAGUCUAGAAAAUGAAGAGAGUUUCUCUAUAGUUUGCAGUUUUUAUAAUAGAAUGUGUUCUUUUCGAAAUAUGUCUGAAGUACCAAAAAUACUUGUAGGUGUACAAGAUUCGAUCAAUGACAGUAAUCCUCGUGUCGUCAAAAGCGUUAGACCGCGGAAAUUGGCUUGUGAUCUCAGAUGUCCCUACUACGAAACAUGUGCUAUUUAUGGUUUAAAUGUUGAAAGAGUAUUUCAGGACGUGUGUCAGAAAAUUAUACAGAAUAUAUCGACGAAAAAUUUUCCAUGCGACGUAUGUCAAAACAGUACGGAGAACGACAUUAAAUUUCCGGUCCCUGUUACCACAAAGAAUAAUGCACCACUUCAUCAUAACAAGGAGGUGGAGACUAGAAAUUCGUUGAAAGUGAACACUUCGGAGAAGGAAGAGGAUUGUCGCUCUAUUCACAACAGUUCUCUGCCAAACGAUUCGGGAUUGUUAAAUGACAAUUUUCACAAUGUACAGAAUCAACAGGGAGAAUUACGAUCGUCCAUCUUAACGCCGACUACUAUUAGAAAAUUUAGAAGAAAAUCUAAUAUAUUUACUCCUUCUAAGAAGGAGAAAUACACCGGCGAAAUGGGCGUUGGCAGAGAAAUACCAGUUAAGCAAGGUUAUUUGUUUAAACGAAGCAGCAAAUCCCUGAAGGAAUGGAAGAAGAAAUACGUCACCCUGUUGGAAGAUGGUCGUUUAACGUACCAUUCGAGUUUACAUGAUUACAUGAAUGACACCAACGGCAAAGAAAUACUUUUGCAAUAUGUUACUGUAAAAGUACCUGGCAAAACGCCGAAAGGUUCCAAGUCGUACAGCGCGCAAGAAGACAGUUUCGAAUUUUCCAUCAUCUCGUUGGAGAACAAAAGUUGGCACUUCGAGGCGAAUAACGCCGAAGAUAGGGACAGCUGGAUUACCGCGAUAGAGCAGCAGAUACUGUCGAGUUUGCAGAACAGCGACGGUGACAAGAAGAACGAGACCGAUGCUUUUAAGAUGCACUGCAUAAAGAACAAAGUCUCGGGAAACGACGCUUGCGUCGACUGCGGUGCGCCGAAUCCCGACUGGGCGAGUCUUAAUUUGGGCGUGCUAAUGUGUAUUGAGUGUUCCGGUAUCCAUAGGAACUUGGGCUCGCAUAUAUCCAAGGUCCGUUCAUUGGACCUGGACGAUUGGUCCGCAGGUCACCUAAGCGUCAUGCUGGCCCUCGGCAACGACAUUGCCAACAGUAUUUGGGAAUAUUGCUUAAACGGCAAGCAGAAACCCACCUCGGACUCGUCUAGGGAGGAGAAGGAACAGUGGAUCAGGUGGAAGUACGAGGACAAACUCUUUCUACCGCCGAUCAAUCCGAACAUCUCUUUAGGAAAAUUGCUCAUCGAUUCCGUUUGUCGAGGAGACAUGAGGGCAUUUACCUUGUGCCUGGCGCGGUGUAAUUACGAGGACAUCAAUAUCUCAGUCAGCACGGAAGACCGCAGGACGCCGUUACAUCUGGCUUGCGCGACAGGAAACUUGGCAAUGGCACAACUCUUGAUAUGGCAUAAAGCGAAUCCGCAGAAUCUCGAUCACGAAGGGCGAACGUGCAUGUCGUAUGUGCGGGCUCUGGAAAGAACCCUCGACAACUCGUCUGACUCUAUGGAAAUGCAGAAGCUCCUCGAGGUGCUGGAACAAGCCAGCGUCUCCGGAAUGGACGACGUGGAUGCAUCUCAGUAUUAAAGUUUGAAAAAGAGAAAAAGAAAUGCCUUAAACACACACACACUCUGCCUGUAUUUUUCGUCAGUGAAACACGUUGUUGGUACUGUGUACUUAUGGUAACCUAAAAAAAAAGCCGCGCACUUAUUUAGUGGCUUACACGAGGAAGGGAAGCUCUACCGCUUUUAUAUAACAUUUGUUCGA